AUGCCUGCACCCAUCCCCGACAUCCGCAACAGGCGAGGACUCGACGAGCGGAGAAGCAGUUCGCGCGGGCCGAUGGAGGCAAGUCAGAGGAGUCAGAGCAAGGGCGUGGGGAAGGAAAGGGCAGGGCAGAAAAACACGUUGGACGGCUGGGUGGAGCCUUCACUUGCUGCGCCCAAGCCGAGUUAUCAAGACCACGGCGCAGGGCCGUAUGGCGUCCUGGAACACAUGCAACCACUUGGUGAGGCACCGAGUGCGAAAGUCAAGGCAAGAGUGAAGGGAGAAGGGCCUCGAAAAUCAGUGCUGGGGCGAAGCUCUGCCGCUGUCGGCCUCGACGCUCAGGAGACUCCAGAAAGCACACCAGCGCCUGCACCUGCCACACCGCAGCCCAUGGACGCUCCAACACAGCAGCCCAUUGUCAUCGACGAUGAUAAGGAUGGCGACUAUGCGCCCAACGUGAACGGCAAGAAGAAAGAGCGCAGCACGCGUGCCCGUGCGGUCAAACGGAAGAGCGAGUCUGCAUCAUCCGCGACGCCGGCUGCACCAUCCGUCAAGCAAGAGGCCAGCACCACGAUCAUGAAUCACAAGUUCGAGUACGACGAUGAAAAGCUGCUGCGCGUGGUGGAGGCGGCCAAGUCCCGGGCCUACGAGGUGGGAAAGCCAGACCUCGCGGCUGCCGUCCACGCAGUCUACGAGCUGAGUCUGAGAGAUAUUGGUCUGAGACUCCUCCUCGAAGCUAUCCUCACACAAAAGGCCACUCCCGAGCAGAACGCAUCAUUUCAGGACUAUGUUCGCGCCGCCAAAAAGAAGCUCAAAGACGAGAAGAAAUCCAAGGGCUCCAAGACUCCAGUUCGGCAGCAGCCGGCUGCAAACACCAACGGCUCGCUGCACAAUACCAAGACUGCUCCUUCACCCACUAUAAACCUCACCUUGCCCCCACAACCUCACACCGGCAGCGAAACUACUUCUGCCAUUCCUUCCACCGAGCACCCAGAACCUGCAAAACCACGAAUUUCGCUCAAAGUCAAGUCACCGAACAAAGACCGUCAUCGACGUCGCACAGGAAACGGAAACAUGUCUGUCUCACCACGCAAGCGUGCCGGCAGUGCUGCCAGCGACUCAUCACUCACAUCUCUCACCUCCAAUGACGAGAUGGACCUCGACGAGCCCGAGGAGCCCAACAGUCUCCUCGAGGGACCACCCAGCCGAGCCAACGGCAUCAAAGGCAAGGGCCACGCCACAGACCGCACCUCCCUCGCUGUUCCUGGUGCCGCCACGAAACGAACUUCAGCAGAAGCUGAGCUUGAAGAAGAGCGUGACCGUGCAUUCGCUGCCAAGAAGCAGAAACUGAACGAGUCGGUCGCUCGCGACUUCGAGUACCAGGAGAGCAAUGUGCGACCGUCGAGGCCACCUCCACGAUCUCGUGCGGCUCGUGUCAGAGACGAUGCACUCGGCCCGCCAUCGCUCAGAUUGGAUCCCACGAGCAGCCGCACCGCCAGCGUGAGAGGCAGCAGAGCCGCAUCAAUGGAUGUCGAGUCAUCGCUCUCCUCAAUGUCGCCCGUACCUGAAAAGAAGCAACUCGCUGGCCUUGCAGGCGUGUCAGGCGCCGGUGGCGCUGGAAGAGACAGCCCAAUCGGGGAUGAUGACAACGACGUGCUGUCGGAGAACAACGACUUCUGCUCGGCUUGCCACAGCAGCGGCUACUUGCUCUGUUGCGAUGGAUGCGAUCGUUCAUUCCACUUCACCUGCCUGGACCCUCCAAUCAGCGAAGACUCGCAAGAACUCGACGAGCCAUGGUAUUGCUACAUUUGCGUGGCCAAGCGGCCAGUGACCACACAGUCACCCGAGAAGGCUCAGCGCGGAAUCUUCGCACAACUCAUCAGCGGCCUCAAGAAGCAGAAUCCUGCCAACUUCUCGCUGCCAGAUGACAUUCGAGACUACUUCGAAGGUGUCGCCACCGAUAGGAACGGAGGAUUCGUCGAGGCCUUGAAUGUCGCGAAGCCGACGAGGAACCGACCUGGCUACACUGAGGAACGACCGGACUGGAAGAGAUUGCGCGACAACAAGGGCAAUCUCCUACUAUGCUACGCGUGUGGCAAAACCUCAGAAGGCAAGCGGGAAAUCAUUACCUGCGACCACUGCGCACAGAACUGGCACCUCGACUGUCUCGAUCCACCGCUCGCCAACCCACCGGCUCUGAAUGCACAAAACAGGAGGGCGCACGACUGGAUGUGCCCGUUGCAUGCCGACCAGGAACUGCGAAAGGUGGACAUGUCGCUGCUCAAUCGACGCAACCGACGCACCAUCCAUCUACGCAAGCCUAAGAACCCGAAGGUCCAGGAGACGUCACUCACGCGUGGUCAUCGCAAUAAUGGAAUCAUCGAGGUUCUUGACGAUGAGAGUGACGCGUCGGAUUCUGAAUUCUACGACCACGACGAUGGCGGUACCGUCUACAAGCUGCCAGCGCACGGCAUCAAACUCGACUUCAUCGACAAGGUCAAGAGCACCCGAGUCCAGCAACUGCGAGAUCAGCGGGCUUACAAACGAGCUCGUAUCGACGCAGAGACGCCGAUCCCAACAGCGCUGGAGCAAGCCAACUUCGCCAAGCGACCAUUCAACGAACAACAGCUCGCCCUCAAUCUCGCCCAGUUCGCAAGCGAUAACAAGGACCUCGACCUUGGCGGAGACCAGGUGCAGAACUUGGUGGGCACCUUGAUCGCCGAAGCCCCCAGCGCAGUCGUCGACGAGAUGAUGGCCGCCGAAGACGCCGAAAAGGCCAAGUCGGCGUCGUCGCUCGUGCCGCCUUCUCCUCCGUCUUCUGAGCAGACGGAUCAGCUUUCCGCGGAACAGCGGAAGGAGCUGCAGAUGCUGCAGGAACUUAUUCGGAGGAAGUUGGAGAAUAGCAAGACUUGA